AUGGAUAUAACAAGUCAUGAUGACGAUGAAACAAUGAUAAGACUAUACGAGGCUUCCAUGGAAGGAUCUACAAACAUCUUGGAUUCGUUGUUCCAAAAAGAUCGUUCAAUUCUCAAUAAGAUAUCACUUACCCGUUACACUGAAACUCCUCUUCACAUAUCAACUUUGCUUGGCCACCUUAAUUUCACCAAAAAACUUCUUUCUCUCAAACCCCAAGGACCGAAACUUGGUGCUGAGUUGGACUUGCUCAAACGGGCACCCCUUCAUUUGGCUUCUGCUGAAGACCACACAGACAUUGUCCGAGCGCUGCUCCAAGAAAACGAGGACAUGUGCUUACGUAGAGAUAGGGAUGGAAAAAUUCCUCUCCAUUAUGCAGCCAUGAGAGGACGUGUUGAAGUUAUUAAACUUCUCAUCGACUCGCAACCUGAGUCAGUUUUUGAGAAGCUUAAUGAAGGAGAAACGGUUUUACACUUAUGUGUUCAAUAUGACCAACUGGAGGCUCUACAGGUGUUGGUUGAAUCUGUAGGUUAUGAAAAUAACGAGUUCCUCAAUUCCCACGAUGAAAAUUUUGGCAACACCAUUUUGCACUCAGCUGUGAUGCUAAAGCAAAUCGAGACAAUAAAAUACUUGGUUUCCAUACCUGAAGUGAAAAAGGGAGCGAGUAGCUUGAACAAGAGCGGGUUUACAGCCUUUGGAACGAUAGAACAACUUCCAAAAGACUUCAAAAGCAUCAAAAUCCUAAAUAUUCUUCAGGAUGAACUGGGUCUCCAAACACAAAUACAUGAUCAUAAUAAUCUUGUACCUGCAUCGUUAUCAUCAUCAAUAAAUAUAAAGGGUAAGAAAUCAAAGGAGUCAUCAGCUGCAACAACAAUUAGCACAAGUUGGUGGAGCAAAUGGCAUAGGUACAUCCGUAAGUACGAUGUUGAUUGGAUAAAAGAUAGAAGUAGAGCGCUCAUGAUCAUGGCUACUGUGAUCGCAACUAUGACGUUCCAAACUGCAGUUAACCCGCCUGGUGGUGUCUGGCAGCAAGAUACCAACACCACCCAUUUACGCCGACAUCGCUUUCCUCGCAUCGCUCAGCAUCAUGUUUUUGCUUCUUACCGGAUUUCUCUAAAGUACAGGCCUUUUAUGUGGCUUUUGAAUUUAGCCAUUGUUGGAGAUCUGACGUUCAUGGCACUUACCUUCAUGGAGGGAAUGUACAUGGUGACAACUUUGACUAUUGACAAAGAGCCCCCAAACUUGCUCUUGAACUCCCUCAAACGCUCUCCUCUUCACUUGGCUUCAGCUGCAGGGCACGCUGAGUUAGUCCAAGUAUUGUUGCAAGAAAAUGAGUCCAAGUCUAUAUGCUUGCUUAGAGAUCAAGAGGAGCGAAUAGCCCUUCAUUACGCAGCCAUGAGAGGGCAUGUCGAUGGCAUUAAACUCCUUAUUAACGCGCAGCCCGAGUCUGUUUUUGAGAAGCUUGAUGAAGGAGAGACAGUUCUGCACUUGUGUGUUCGAUAUAACCAUUACAAAAUUGCUUUGCGGAAUCGGUUAGUUAUGGGAAUCGGGAGUUCCUCAACAUGA